AUUGACAUCUGUGAGACAAGCAUUGUUAACGAACAAAUGGCCCACAGAUAUGCGAGCAUUUGAGGCUCAAAAACAAAAUCUGAGGCCUUGUGGAAAUAUGGUUUUCAAAGAGGACAGAGUAAUUCUUCCCCGAUCGCUGCGAGACAAAGCUCUUGAAUCUGCACAUGGCGGCCAUAUCGGAGAAGUGGCAAUGAAGCGUGUUAUGCGGGAGUAUUUUUGGUGGCCUAGAAUGUCUACGGAAAUAACCAAUUUCAUGAAGAGAUGCACUACUUGUGCCCAACUAUCAAGACGUAACCCGCCGUUACCUCUUACUUCACGAGAAUUACCCGAAGGACCGUGGCAAAUGCUUCAAAUUGAUUUUCUUGCCUUACCUGGAUUUGGUUCUGGAGAAUAUUUGGUUGUGACGGAUACGUAUUCACGCUACCUGACUGUGGUGGAAAUGAAAUCCAUCGAUGCAUCGUCAACAAAUGCGGCUUUGGUUGACGUUUUUAGAACGUGGGGAUUUCCUUGUGUCAUACAGAGCGACAAUGGUCCCCCGUUCCAAAGUUCCGCUUUUGUCACAUACUGGGAGGACAGAGGAGUAAAAGUACGUAAAUCUGUUCCUCUCAGCCCGCAGAGUAAUGGGGCUGUGGAAAGACAAAAUUCGGGAAUCAUCAAGGCCUUGUCAGCAUCUAAAUUGGAGGGAACUCCCUGGCGAACAGCACUCCAACAGUAUGUCCAUAGACAUAACACUUUUAUACCGCAUUCCCGAUUGUUAGUUACCCCAUUCGAACUUAUGGUCGGGUGGAAAUAUAGAGGUAAUUUUCCUGGGCUUUGGAAGUCGUCCAACUCUGAAGAAUCCAAUCAACUCGACCGAACGGAGAUUGUGGAACUGGAUACAGAGACCAAACUGGUGUCUAAGCAGUACGCAGAUCGGGUUCGAGGUGCUAAGAUAAGCGAUAUCAAAAUCGGCGAUAUUGUUCUACUUGCCAGUCAGAAAAGGUGUAAAACAGACCCAACAUUCAUGAAUGAGCGCUUCGAGGUCGUUGCCAGAGAUGGUGCAAAGGUAGUAGUCAUGAAUAGAUCAGGCAUUCAGUAUGGUAGAAAUGUACAAGACGUAAAACUAGCGCCAGCUCCUCAGUCGCGAGACACCGAAACAGAAACCACCGAAGAGGAAUCACAACAGAUCCAAGGUGAAUUGGCUGCCGAACCAUCACUAUCAGAAGGAUACCGGAAUUUGCGACAACGAUCAACAAUUAACCGACCGAGCAGAUUUGACGAUAUGUACAUCUACCGGGUGUUUUACUAAUUCGCUCCUGACCGAAUGACCGACACUAUUCACUGCAAAUAAAACAAUUUCGGUACCGGAUGAAAUUGUUUUUUUAACCGAAAAGCAGGAAAAUCGCCGUUUUUGCUUCAUGACAGUAAACAGAACUUAACAACUAUCAAACUAUACACGCUACCAGAAAUCUACCGAAACAUCAUUAUUUAAUAUUAACUGGUGACUACAGACUCGUCGAAAUCACUAACUCGCCGAAAAAAAAAAUGUUUUUUGGAUUGUUACGUUCCGUUAUUUCCCAUUAAAUUCAUAUGUACAUCUAGACGAUAAUUACAAUAUG